GUAAAUCCUCAUGUGCAACUUAAUCAUGAGGACUCACACUUUGUCAAUCUAACAUAUUGUACAUUUCUGCUAAUGAAGUCCCAGAGUUGUCAAACUGAUUGAAAUUCAUUGGGCCAACUUAUAAAUCUCAUUUUGUCUCAAAUUUCACAGCAAUCUCACUGAGACCUUGAGGACGAUGGACCUUUCGGUUCUCUCACCCUUCUUACCUAGACAACCAAAUAAUAUUGCCAAUUUCCUGGACAAGGCCCUUGGUGUUCAAUGAUUCCAGCGCAGGGCAAUAUCUGAGGUCGACUCUUGUGUUCUUUUAUGGUCUCUGGAGAUGUUUGCACUCUGAAACUCUCCUCAUCUUUGAGAUGAACUGGUGGUGGGGUUGGACAGAGGGAAGUCUGGGCCCCAUGUGCCCGGCUUCUAGGUUCUCCUAUCAGCAUGCAGAGAAAACGCCAGAAUGCGACGUCAGGCUAGGCAAGACUUUAAGAUUAAGAGUCUGUUGAAAGGUCUGGCCAUGUUCUAUUUCAUCUAGUUGAAGACAGGCUGAUUAGGCAUUAGAUGCUGACUUUUUAAUGGUGGAAGGGGUAUGUUUUCAACUUGAAAUGAUAGGAAAGACACUCACGGAUGUCGAUACAGUAUAUUGUAACUCUCAUUCCUAUGAUUUGUUAUGAACAGAACAACUUAAAAAUAUGUAUAAUUUGAUGUGUUUGUUUGGUGUGCUGUUCAUAUAUGCUGUUGUCUCGAUUGUACUGUUGUUGUUUUCUGGAAGUGUAAUUAAGGUUCUUCACUCCUCGUGAUACUGGUCAGCACACUGUAAUCAGGCUGGCAUAGACAGCAGUGGGGUUGCACUCCUAUGAAAUCACAAUUCAUAUUAUGACUUCAUAACCAUGUAUCCAAUGAUUCCAAUCCAUGGAAUGUUUCUCAAAAAGCUUUCAUGACUUUAGGCUUCUCAUUAUCGCAAGGGACUUCAGUUCCUCAGCUUCCUGAGUGAUGUUCAUCUGUGUUAAACAUGGAGACAAUGAGCAGUUUCUGGCCAACACCAACUGCCCUGUGGUUCUCCUGCUGCAGUACAUGAGAGCUAAGAUGGGCCUGCCGGAGACAGAGCUGGUGGAUCUGUGUGAUGACCGUGGGGCUCUGAAGCUUCUCUUUCUGUCCCAGCAGCCUCAGGAGUGUGCCAGCCGACUACUUCCUCCCCGCUGCUCCCUCACAUUCUGCAUUGUUAAUCGAAACCUAAAGGAUGGUGCCUAUAUUUCCAUCACCCCCUUAGUGGCCAACCCAGACCCUGUACUUCUGGAGACCCUGCAGACUCAGACUGACAGCCUGGAGAGGGCUCGUCUCAGACAGCUCCGCUCUCAGGAGGACCGCAGAGCCACGGAGGCGCCCUCUCAGACCCAACCCACACAAACCGCUAAGGGCCGGGGCCGUGCGGUACAUAUGGACACCCCUGAUGAUGAACCCUCCAAUCGCCGGACUGGAGGCAGGAGGAGCAGGAACUGAAAGAACCUAUCAAUUUUACAAUAAUUGAUGUGCAUAUAAAUGUUGAAAUGUAAGAAAGUGGACACUGAGUCUAUCUAAGUCUACGCUUGCCAAUGGUCAUUAGUGUUGAAUAAUACGGUAGAUCAAAUUAGAAAUAUGACUAGAAAUCUAAAUAGAAAUCUGUUAUACAAUUGUUAUGCUCCAAUGUCUAGUACGCUUUAUGUUCUGAAAGGAAGAGAGUUUUAACAUGGUCCCUUGAAGUUAAGCGAUAGAUGAUGUCACCUGCUUCUGUGAUUGGUGGGUAUGAAUACCUGUUCGUUACCAAGCUUUACCAGUUGGAAAAAUUGGAUGGAAAUGACUGAAUUGGGAUAAAUAUAUUUAGAAAGGGUGUGAAAUCGUGACUGAAGCUCUAACAUCAGUGUUUAUUUUCCAAGAGUAAGAGUUAUGUUAUGUGUCUUUUAAUCUUGCUUUGCUCAACAGGUGUUGAGGUGUUGUUGCAAUAAUUAUGUGUCUUGCAAUAUGUUCAACAUGCACAAUUUACUUUUGAAGGCUUUAUCAGAAUUUCAUUUAUCUUGAAAUUCAUUUCCCUUGACCAGUGAGUGAUCUUAAAUUAGGGGUGGUAUGUUGGGGCUAUCUGCCUGAGGGAAUGAAUGAGGACUGUGACAGUGUGCCAUUCUCUUUUCUGAAGGUUUAUUUAGCCACCUCUGGGGGGUGGCCUGGCACUUUGAAACAGGAAGUUGUGGGUUAAAUGCCAGCAGGUGGUUCCUCCCAGUGUUUGUGGUGUACCAUCUUCUAAAUUAUGUACAGGCCUGGGUCAGAUGGUUUUAAUAACAGAUAACUUCCCUUCCUAGAAUCACUGGAUUCUUUUCUUAAUGUAUGUCUGUGGAAGGCCUAAUAACGUUUGAGGAACAAAGGCCUUCGGGAUUUUGUGAUGAAGUUCCAUUUAAAGUUUAGUUUUCAUUUCAUUCAACUGGUUGUUACCCAAACUGAAACAAGUACUGUACUUCUUUGGUCCUUUCCAAAGUAAUUACCUCAAGAAAAGGAAGAAGGAGGCAUGUUAUAAGUAUUUGAAUAGGGCCACUGUGUCAGGCCAUACAGCUGUGUCUUGCAGAUGGCCUAACCACUUGCUAAAUACUGUGAAAAAUAGGGAAGAAAGAGAAACAGCUGAGCUGUUCUUGUAAAAGGUUACAUUGAGAAUCUAGACAUCAUUUAGAAAGAGAAUCUAGACAUCAUUUAGAAAGUGGAAUGCAACAUAAAAAAACAAUUGUCCAUGCCAUUAUCUGAUUUGGAAUGCUUGCUGUGUGAUUCUUCUCUUUGAGAAUUGAUUUACCCAAUCUCUAGAAUAUCUACACUGUAUAUAAAAGAACGAGCAGUAUACACUGAGUGUAAAAAAAACAUUGGUAACACCUUCCUAAUAUUGAGCACCCCCUUCUGCCCUCAGAACAGCCUCAAUUCAUCGCGGCAUGGACUCUACAAGAUGUUGAAAGUGUUCCACAGGGAUGGUGGCCCAUGUUGACUCCAAUGCUUCCCACAGUUGUGUCAAGUUAGCAUGCUGUCCUUUUGGUGGUGGACCAUUCUUGAUACACACUGGAAACUGUUGACUGUGAAAAACCCAGCCUCUUUGCAGUUCUUGACACACUCAAACCGGUGCGCCUGGCACCUACUACCAUAUCCCAUUCAAAGGCACUAUAUAUUUUGUCUUGCCCAUUCACCAUCUGAAUAGCACACAUACACAAUCCAUAUCUCAAGGCUUAAACAUCCUUAUUUAACCUGUCUUCUCCCCUUCAUCUACACAGAUUUUAAGUGGAUUUAAUAAGUGACAUCAAUAAGGGAUCAUAGGUUUCACCUGGAUUCACCUGGUCAGUCUGUCAUGGAAGAGCAGGUGUUCUUAAUGUUUUGUACACUCAGUGUAUACGCUAUUUCACUUUUUAUCCAGCAAAUAUCCAUUCAAUAUUUCCAUUAGGCUACUUUCUUGCUAUAGUAAAUCAGAACAUUGUGUAUGAAAUCAUGAUUUAGCAUGCCAUGUAAUAGUUACAUCACUUCAUGAAUUUAGGAAAUGAGAUAAUGGGGUUAUUAACUAUUCCAAGUUUUAUAAGUCUUUGCCCUUUGCUGCAAAACAGCUUGAUCAGGUUCCUAUCAGAUUUGUUGAGACCACAUGACAACUUUAUGCAGCCCUUUCACAUCACAAUAAUUUAAUAUUUAGACUUGACCAAUCAUGGAAUGUUCUAACAUGAAAAAAAAAAAAUGAAAUUCCCCUCCAGUUCAAUUGUGGAAAGGUUGUGCUUUAUUCUGAUUAUUUAGAUUAGCGUUAUCUGGAUCAGACUGGUCUUGCAUGUCUGCCAAAAUGGCUAUCACAUUAUGUUUUUAUGGACAUAACUGUGUGUUGAUCUAAUAUGUAUUCAGGAGUUAGAUUCUAGCAGCUCAGCUUUUCUCCGCUCUAGUUUCUCCAACAAUUACAACUAUUACAUCUAGCACAUUCAAAGGGUAUUCAAACUUUUAAAAGUAAAGUCAUAUAAAAUAUGUCAUGGUAUUUACAUGUGCGAGGUGAAAUAAAUAUUUCAGGCUGGUGCAAUUUCAGUAACCAGCAGACCAUAGCUCUAAGGGGUCUGCUGACAAGGCUGACUUGUCAUUGCUCUGAGCUUGUUUUGUGUGCCUGGAUGUGUUUUUACCAGCUGUAGAAUGAGAAUGCUUGUAUACCAGUCCCCUCUCCCAGUGGAACUGGGGCCACAAUGACUGUAAGCUGUCAUCAUUAAUGGGGGUGAAUAUUGGGUACCAUCUCCCUCGCCAUUCACUGGCAGUUGAUUGACUCCCUGAACAGAUGACUCAGUCCAUGGCAAUAACUCCUAAUACUAUAUAAGGCCCAAGAUCUUAAUCAACUCCUUGUUCUAGAAAAACAGGCGGACGCUGAUGGUAUUGAUAUCGGUUCCCUUAUGGGAGAAUUAAUAUAGGCCUUAAUGUAACAGCUAAUGAACAAAUUACAGUUAAACAGAGGUCCAGUGAAAUGCGGUAGCCUCACCCUUCCAGAACAUAAACCAAACAAAGGGCUAACUACCAUUUCUAAUGACUGUUUGUUGCAGUGACAUACCUGGAAAAUAUUCAGACCUUGGAUGUUCCCUUGGAAGUAAACAGUUGCCUUUCACACUCACACUCCCUGUAGGUCUCUCACCUCACCUCUCUACCUCAGCCUUGUUGCUUAUGACUUAUUGCUCCUGAGGGAGGCCAAGAGUGUGAGAAGCUACUUUUGGCAAUAAAACAAACCACAUAUAAAAUCUUUAGAUGGAAUUACAUUUACCUAAAUCAGAGUUUAUUCCUUUUAUGCACAGGAUACAGCGGGUGUAAAAGGCACAAUAAAAUGCUACAAUGACAUCCUUGCAAGCUCUCCUUUCAACAUUGCAGUAACAGAAAACAAAAACUCAAUUGUAGUCUUUUUUGUGUCUCAAAGGCCUACCUUUUUCUUUAAGACUGUGGAAAUCUAAUAGGAAGAGUAUUUUAUCAACAGCAAAUGUUACAGAAGGUAGUGCAUUAGGAGGGCAUGUACAUUUUAGCAGGACAUUGUACAUUCAGGACAUGAAUGUACAAUGUUUAGCAAAAACAUUGUACAUUUUAGCAGGACAUAAUUGAAUGAUGGCCAGAUUACUGUUUUAGGACAAAAGCACUAUUCAUUCAAGACCUGUGUGUGAACUGAGUUAGUCCAAGCAGAAAGCAACAAGGGGGCAGAAGGUCAAUAAAAUAAUAAUUAAAUCAGAACACAAUAGUCAUUAGUUGAUAUCACAUGUUUAGGGAGAAAGCAAUGAUACUUGUUUAUUUCCAGACAUCAACAGCAGGGAACCAUGGAAUGGCUGUGAUUUAACCUGGCAUUUACAGAUGGGCCUCUCCCACUUCUUGGCCAAGUUGAAGAGGCAGGGGAAAAGUGUUCUAAGUCUGUGUUAGCUAUGUGGCUCUGAUGACAUAUGCCAGAAUCUUGGUCCACUCUCUCUCAAAUGUGUUAACUUGAACAGGAAAUAUACAUAGAUUUUUUUACACAACAACCACUUUAUACUAGGCCUCACAUUCAGUUAAAUGGAUUGAGGACCUUGCUGCUGUAGAAUCUUGAUCUAGUUUGACAAAGAUUGGCUCUUUUUAAGGGACUGAUAUAAUUUAUUGUCCAACCAAAAUAGUAUAAUCCCAGUGGUGCUCUGAGAUAUUGGUUUUCUCCAGGUUGGAGAGCCCGUCAGGCUCUGAGACAAACUUAUUAAAUACAGACAGGAAAGAGCACUCCUUGGCUUGAGUCCCCCCUGGGGCCCUGCUGACAGUGCUAUGAAAUGGCGAGAUUUUAUGUAAUAAUUUCAUAUCAAGAAAUAAAUUGAUUACCCUGUCUAUUGUUUUCUCAGCCUGUUUUGCUUCUCCAGGCCUCUCCUGGGGGUUUGAAUUAUGCCAGUCAUUAUGGAGUUCUGGGCAAGAGUGAACCAUUUCAUGUUUCAGCUUCUGUACAUUGUAUACUGUAUAUGUUUCCUCAGAUGAAGGCUUUCUACUGUCAGUUAGAUGGUUUGUUAUUUUUCUACAUCGCAAAUAUAUGAAAUUAUGUAGGAGGAUAAAUGAUGAUCUUCUUGGCGA